GCUGGGCUGAACCUUCGUAUCAACUUGCAGCUCGGACGCACCCUCGCAGCCCUCCUUCUCCCUUCUUCGUAGGUGGCUCACGGUCUCUCACCUCUCUCACCUUAUUCUCGCUGUCUCGGCUCCCUAUUCCUGCAGCUUAAAAGUCUUAAACUGCAACAAUCCAACAUUCCAAACCCUGCCUAUGGCUUUGAGGGCGGCUGCGGUUGCGGUUGCGGCGCAGGCUUAACAAACGGACGACAUCUGAAUGCCUACUCCAAGAAUUUUCUAAGUUUGGCAAAGUUGUUCGCACUAGGGUGAUGAUCGAUAGAGAAGGUUGUUCUAAAGGGUAUGGUUUUGUACAAUAUGCCACUAUAGAAGAGGCUGCAAAGGGCAUCAAAAGCAUGAAUGGAAAGUUUUUGGAUGGUUGGAUUAUAUUUGUAGAGUAUGCCAAAUCUAUCCCAGAACCUACGCAGCAAUCUCACCGGUAUCUCCGGCAGUAGAGGUUCGUAAUUGGCUAAGACGAUAAACAGGCCAAAUGCGGGUGGCUUGUCUUCGUGCUUCAAAUUCUAACUAGAAGCAUUAGUUUUUGUAGAAGUUUUAUAUUGUAGUGCAAUGGUUCUCUUUGGAUGCCGUGAUGUAUCAUAAAUUUGAUUUGCAAUAUCACUUGGUUGAGAUGAGAGAUAACAUUAUUGUUCUUCAUAUAAAACAUACACAUUCACUUGUAUUUUCUGGAAAAAGAAAAAGGUAUUGUGAUAAGAAUGAGAAAUGAGUUGGAUGUCC